AUGCCGAAUACAACAGCAAACCAUACGCGCGGAUUUAAUCCUAUUCAACCAUACGUUUGGUAUUGGGUUUUGAGGGGAAUCAUUGCAUUGUUAAGUAUCACUGGGAAUGGACUUGUCAUCUACUUCGUUGUAUCCAAACGACGCCUACGUGUAAGCAAUAACUGGUUCGUGCUCUCCCUGGCAGUUGCCGAUUUUUGGGUCGGUUUGUUUACAACGCCGAGUGAACUUGUUUGCACGCUUUACUAUCGUUGCGAUUGGCGUUUUCAGUUCUCAUUUUACAACUUUCUUCUCCUUGCCUCUACGUUAAAUUUGUGGGCAAUGGCAAUAGAUAGAUAUGUUGGGAUUGUACAUUCUUUGCGUUACACAUCACUCAUGACAGGCAAAAGAGUUUUUGCAAUGAUAAGCAUGGCGUGGGCAAUCUCACUUAUUGCGCCGUUUGCACGUCUAAUUUGGUUGUUUAGUGAUUCCCCUGCUCUGAAAAAGAUCGACAAAUACUAUCGAGUUGCUCUUGAUCUUUUCUUCGGCGUUUUCUCGUGUGUCGUACUGUUAUUCAUUUACAUCCGUAUAUUGUUCAUUUCUCGCAAACUCUCGAGACAAACAGCCUCACAAAUGAAAGACAUUAACUUCAAUCACGGUCAGAGUGAAGAUCGCGACAUACAGAAUAUCUCAUCAAAACGUCGUCGACGGCCUCGAAGAAAUUCAACUUCAAUUGCGGUUCUUGGAUCAGUGAUUUUCUUAUUUGUUAUGUGCUACAGUUUAAACAUCUAUAUUUCUUUUUGUUCAAAUUUUCAACUUCGCUCAGUAAGCACUUUUGUCGGUUUAAUUUCUUUGUUAUUGGUACACUGUAACUCGUGCGUUAAUAUAGUGGUGUAUGCGUUCAUGAAAAGUGAUAUUCGCAGAGAAUUGAAGCGCUUGUGUCGAUGUGGAAGCCCAAGAGAUCUUCAGUCUCAGUCAAGAGAAUUUUCUCUUAAUCAAGCUGGAAAUACGAGUGAUUAUACGUAACUUGGUGGUUUAAUCAGUUCGACCAAAUUACUAUAUUGCAACCGUGAGACUCGACAACGAGAGGAAUAGGGAGUACAUUGAAGCUACCAAUCGUCGAAAC